UGCGGGCACCGCCCAUGUGUUAAAUUGACGGUUAUCUCUUUUGCGGCUAAUUUUGGAUCGCAAUUCGGGUAAAAUGCGACGUUUUUGACGAUCGCUGUUUAUUCGACAAAGUAUGAAGGACAGACGCGUUGGACCAGGAGGGAUAUUUUGCGUCUGAACAUCGGUAGUGUGCCCAGUUUAAAGGAAGGAUGGAAACUCUGAUCCCUACCAUCAACCGGCUGCAGGAGGUCUUCCUCACAGUGGGCGCAGAGAUCAUACAGCUGCCUCAGAUAGUCGUGGUUGGAUCUCAGAGCAGUGGAAAGAGCUCUGUGUUGGAGAGCCUGGUUGGACGGGAUUUCUUGCCUCGGGGAUCAGGAAUAGUCACAAGACGACCCCUGGUGUUGCAGCUUGUUAAUGUUGCCCCUCUGCGGGAGAGACUGAAGAUUGAGAAUGGAAAUGGGGUAAAACAAAAUGUCCAAAACAGCUACCCAGGUGUCAGAGCUGAAGAAUGGGGUACAUUCCUGCACUGCAAAAACCAGAUCUUCACAGACUUUCAAGAAAUCCGUCGGGAAAUUGAAACAGAGACUGAACGCAGUUCAGGUGACAACAAGGGAAUCAGUCCUGAGCCCAUAUAUUUGAAGAUUUUCUCCCCCAAAGUCCUUAAUCUCACUCUGGUUGAUUUACCUGGAAUAACCAAGGUUCCCGUUGGGGACCAGCCAGAGGACAUUGAGGCUCAAGUGCAAGAGAUGAUCUUGUCCUUCAUCUCCAACCCAAACUCCCUCAUCCUCGCGGUGUCCCCUGCCAACUCUGACUUGGCCACCUCUGAUGCUCUGAAAUUGGCGCGUGAGGUUGAUCCAGAUGGUCGUCGAACACUGCUGGUGAUCAGUAAGCUGGACCUGAUGGAUGCAGGGACUGAUGCUCUUGAGGUCCUCCUGGGUCGAGUCAUCCCAGUCAGGCUUGGGAUUAUUGGUGUGGUUAACAGGAGCCAGCAUGACAUCAAUACCCAGAAGAACCUGGAGGACUCGAUGAAGGAUGAGCAGGCCUUCCUGCAGCGCCACUACCCCUCUCUCGCCUCCCGCGCCGGCUCACGCUAUCUGGCCAAAACUCUCAGCAGGCUACUCAUGCACCACAUCAGGGACUGCCUGCCAGAACUCAAAACCAGAGUGACCGUGCUGAGUGCCCAGUACCAGGCAAGGCUCAAUGGCUAUGGGCAGCCGGUAGAGGACCACAGCGCCACCUUGCUGCAGAUUGUCACCAAGUUUGCCAGCGAUUACUGCAACACCAUAGAGGGAACAGCCAGGCACAUCCAAACCUCAGAGCUCUGUGGGGGUGCUCGGAUCUGUUACAUAUUCCAUGAGACCUUUGGCCGCACUUUGCAAUCCAUCGACCCCCUCGGGGGACUGACUGAGCUCGAUAUCCUCACUGCCAUCCGCAAUGCUACGGGUCCGCGGCCAGCGCUCUUUGUGCCCGAGGUGUCCUUUGAAUUGCUGGUGAAGCGGCAAAUUAAGCGUCUGGAGGAGCCCAGUCUGCGCUGUGUAGAGCUCGUUCACGAGGAGCUGCAGAGGAUCAUCCAGCACUGCUCGUCCUUUAGCACACAGGAGCUUCUGCGAUUUCCCAAACUGCAUGACUCCAUUGUGGAGGUAGUGACUGGAUUGCUGAGGAAGCGCUUGCCGAUUACUAACGAAAUGGUAAUCCAGUGCUUGGCUGAGGUACAUAAUUUAGUAGCAAUAGAGCUCGCCUACAUCAACACAAAGCAUCCAGACUUCACAGAUGCAGCGCAGGUCUCCGCAUCCGUCAACAGCCAGCAGGCAGAGGCCCUUGAUGGAGGGAAGCGCUGGAAGAACGAGAAGGUUGCGGAAGAGAAAGCCCCGCCUGCAGGCUUUGGCAGCCCCAGCAAAGGCCAGGCCAUUAACCUCCUUGACACAGCGGUGCCCGUAUCCCGCAAGCUAAGUGCGAGAGAGCAGAGGGACUGUGAGGUCAUCCAGCGCCUCAUCAAGUGCUACUUCCUCAUUGUCCGCAAAAGCAUCCAAGACAGUGUGCCCAAGACAGUGAUGCACUUCCUGGUGAACUUUGUGAAAGAGCAUCUGCAGAGCGAGCUGGUGGGUCAGCUUUACAAACAGCCACUGCUGCAGGAGCUGCUCAUUGAGUCACAGGACACGGCACAGCAGCGGACCGAGGUUGCUCAAAUGCUCGAGGCGCUCAAAAAGGCCAAUAACAUUAUCUCUGAGAUCCGGGAGACCCAUCUGUGGUAGCCAGAGGACCCGAACAAAUUCCCUUGUCAUAGGACAGCUUUGAGAGUAUGAGAGUGUAUGUGAGUUUACAACAGAGAGAGUGAGUGCGUGUGUGUGUGUGUGUGUGUUUCUAAAUGUGUGGCAGUACCACUGUUUUCUCAUGGACCAAUGACCAUAACACAUUUAGAUCUAGAACAGUACACUGGGGCUGUUGCUUUUCACUGUGAACGUUGCGUAGUGAUGGAAAUUAAUUAAACACUCAGGCCGAAAGUGUUAUUGCAAAGUUGAAAUGUGAAAGACACAGCCGUGAACAAAAUGUCUUUGCGCCAUUUUGUAACAAAAUGUUUGUUGAGUUGUAUGAUUGUUGCCGUAAAUGUAAGAUGUAAAUUAUAUGUGGAGUAUUUAAGUUGUUCUUCAGGGUUUUUUUUUUUUUGGAUCAAACUGUGUUCACACUGUACAAUUUCACACUUUCCAAGAACUGGGCUUCCUCUGAGCCCCUUCAGCAGGUGCUAAAAAACUAUGUUAGACUAAGAUGCAUUCCAACUUUUAAUCCCCUUUGUUGGAGAAUUCACCAGAGAUAGAAGCAAAGUGAAAAUUUAGCUCAAUCAUUGCUGACUGCAGUGCAGAACUAUAGACACACACGGUGUUUAUUUGCAGAAAUUACAGGAUGGAUGCAGAUUGUUUUUCCAGCUCUCUAGUGCAAAUCAAUAUUAGGUUUAUUUUUCAGAGUCACAUUUACAUAUCAGCUCAUUUACACUGUUAGCUGUUGCACUAACGUGCCAGAUUUGUGUGUGGUCAUAACCGAGGACAUUUCCCUCUGCUUAUGUGAGGUUUUUAGAUGACUCCCACAUAGAGGUGGACAGCUAUAGUAUGUAGUGUGUAUACUGUAUACUAUGGUGUUUGUGAAUUCUCAUGAUUGAAAUGUUUUUUAAAAAAAUUCUUAGGAGAUAAAAUUAUAAGGGUAGAUGGUAUUAAUUAAAUGUUCUGUAGCUUUCCUUCAAUUCCUCAAACUAAUUAUCCACUGCCUUCCACUUUAAUGGUACAGAGAGAUAAGUUUGUUCCACAUUACUAACCCUCUCCAAACAUACAGACCAGCUGCCCCCAGGAGCGAGAGACUCAGUAUGCAGAUACCCAGAUACCUCCGGCAUGCAUUUACUAGCAGACCAUGUACUUUCAUCUUAAGUUAGCCAGAGCCAUUAGCAUCAGUGUCAGUAAUCACUUCAUUGUGUACAAUUACUUGAUGUGUGGAAUUAUUCAUCUUUUUCCAUCUGCUGUUCCUGACUUAGGCUGAUGUUCAGGUAGAGUCCUCCCCCUAAGCAGUUCAUGUAAAUCUUUUUUCCCUUUAGCCAAAACAAAUAGUUUUCCCAAAACAUUUUCAGGAGGACCUGCCUUAACAGGACCAUCAAACAGUAACUCUGACUGCUUCUGUGUGAUCAGGGAGCGAACACAACAUCCACAGUCAGUCCGUCUUUCUAAAAACCUUGUGCAAGUUUGCAUGUGUGUGUGUUCAGUAUGCAUGCGUGGAUGUAUGUACGAAUGGCUUGUGUUAUGUUUUGGAUUAUUUAAAUGUAUGUUGUUAUCAUGUGUCAACUGCCUCUGAGUUCUUGCCUGCCAAUACUUGUGAUACAUGUUUACCGAAUGAAGUGCGCUCAGAUCGGAGGUUACUCAUUAAAUGCUAACAAAAGAC